AUGCCUCCGGUUCCCAAACCCACUUCAACGCACUAUGACAUGGUCGUCAUCGGUGGUGGAUCCGGCGCUAUGGGUGUCUCGCGUCGUGCUGCGGCUUACGGCAAGAAGGUCUGCGUGAUCGAAGAGGACGGUCGGCUGGGUGGGACGUGCGUCAACGUCGGUUGUGUACCCAAGAAGCUCAUGUGGCACGCUGCGGAUAUGGCAGAGCAUCUCAAGGAAGCGCCGGAAUACGGCUUCGGCGAUGUGGUCAACAAGCCCAAGGUGCCCGAAUUCGCGUGGAAAUACUUUGCCGAGAAACGCGAUGCAUACGUUCGCAGGCUGAACGGUAUCUACGACCGAAACCUGGACAAGGAUGGCGUCGAGUAUCUGUCGGGCCAUGGAAAGCUAACUGGUAAGAACGAGGUCGAGGUGACCAUGCGCGGCCAGGAUGGAUCGUUCAAUGCGGGCACAUACAAGAUCACUGGUGAUCGCAUUGUGAUUGCCACCGGCGGUAGACCAGUCAUUCCGAGCGACGACAAGAUUCCCGGUGCUUCGUUGGGGAUCGACUCGGACGGCUUCUUUGAGCUCAAGGAACAGCCAAAACGUGUGGCGGUCGUUGGCGCAGGUUACAUCGCCGUUGAGCUUGCCGGUGUAUUCAACACGCUCGGCUCGCAAACGCAUUUGCUCAUUCGACACGAUACCUUCUUGCGACCAUUCGACCCGAUCAUCUCCGAGACGUUGCAGGAUUACAUGUCCAGAACCGGACUCAACGUUCACAAGCAGACUAACAUCACCAAGGUGGAAGGUAGCAAAGGCGGACCUCUCACGAUUCACACUGACAAGGGAGAUAGUAUCGAAGUGGACUGUCUGCUGUGGGCGAUUGGUCGACGACCGAACACGGACAACCUCGGACUUGAGACGGUGGGUGUGCAACUGGACAAGGGAGGCAACAUUGUUGUGGACAAGUACCAAGAGACGAACGUGCGUAACGUAUUUGCGAUCGGUGAUAUUCAGGGCAAAGCGUUGCUCACUCCCGUAGCGAUUGCAGCGGGACGUAAGCUCUCGAACCGUCUUUACUCGAAUCAUGCGUCGCUCAAAGACGACCACAUGGACUACGACAACAUCCCCACCGUGAUCUUCUCGCACCCCACAUCCGGCACUGUCGGUCUGUCGGAAGCGCAAGCCGUCCAGAAAUUCGGCAGGGAAAACGUCUCGAUCCACACGUCCAAGUUCACCUCGAUGUACUACGGCAUGUUGGACCACAAGGCUCCUAGUGCGUUCAAAAUGGUCGUCGCUCCAGGUGACAAGGUGGUCGGUUUGCACAUCGUCGGCUUGGGCGCAGAUGAGAUGCUGCAGGGUUUCGCCGUCGCUAUCAAGAUGGGCGCUACAGUCAAGGAUUUCCAGGACACAUGUGCUAUCCACCCUACCAGCGCUGAAGAGGUCGUCACUAUGAUUCCUACCACCAAGCACGCCUGA